AAUAUAAUCCUCAUUAUUAAUGAUAUUAAAAAAAAGGGCGACUGUAACUAAAUUUCCUUAAUUACUCCGUCCAUGAACAGCAGGCCUUCAACCGACAGCUAUAGCAAAACAAUUCCCAUUAAUUUCUCCGAUCCGAUUAUUACAGUUGAAAACAGUUCCCACGCGCCGUCUCCUCCUAAUCCCUUUUCCUUCCUUAUAAAUCCCUCUUUAGGGUUUCAAAUUUUUCUCAACCUCUUUCAUGAUUUGGAGCAGAAAGUGGAAAUCAUAGCUCCUCCCUUUAUAUAAAGACUCUCCUUUUAGUUUCGCAUCUCUGAACUGAACCAAUUUCUUCAAAAGUCUCUUGAUUUCGAAUCGAGGGGUUUUUGAAUGAUUUAUGCAGACAUUAUCUGUUUCCUUGUGUUUUUAUUUUCAGAAAUUUCUCUUUUUCUUUCUUUCAAGGAGGAGUUUUUGCGGAGAAACGCUCUGAAUUUGUAGAAAUUGAAGGAAUCGAUUGGAAUUUGGAAUUCGAUCGAUUGUGUUUGUGCGAUGCCUUUCCCGUGGAAGAAGGUGAAGAGCACGAGAAUUUCCCAAUUGGUCAACGACCAUCUCCACAUCUCCCAGAAGCGGCGCGACGGCUCGUCGCUGGUGGUGGAGACCGGUUUUCCGACGUCGCUGAUCGAUCUCUUCAUCAAGAAUCGGGAGAAAUUGAAGAAGCCGUCGAAGAGGAGGCGUCAGAGUCCGCCGAUUGCAUCUCCCGACGAUGAUGUUUAUGAUCCGGUGAUUGAAGGAUCGCCCCUCUCUUGCCCUCCGCCGCCGCCGCCGCCGUCGCUCGCGGCGUCGCCGUCGCCGCAGAGACUCUCACCAAUCCCGCCUCCGCCGUCAAAUGAAAUCUUGUGCUGCAGCAGGAUCGGGCAGCGGCGGCGCAUUCGAGCGCGGCUGUGGAGGAACUCCGCUGCGGCGGCGGCGGACGGCGGUGGUUUUGAUAGAGAUAGAGAUGUUAAUGGGGUUUUGAUAGGGGUUUCGAAGAUUUUUAUGGUGGUGGUUUUGGCGUUGGCGACCAAGAGAUUGACUGUAGGGAUCACCAUCUCGGCGGUCUUGCUACUCUUCCUCGAGUACGUCGGGAAACACUGCGGCCGCCUCUCGAAGCCGCCGUUUGCGGCGGCGAAGGGGGGAAUCGGUGCUAGAUUAUUAAGGUUUACCAAGUUAGAAGUGAAGCAAGAGCCUUCAACAAGAAAGCCUGCUUCUUUGCCUUCGAUAACCUGCGAAUCAUCCACGCCGCCUGCCGCGGCGGCGGAGAUUCAACCGGAGAAGGAUACGGCGGAGGAGAGAUCGGAUUACCAAGAAAUCGAAUUGGUGGAGAUGGCGAUGAAGAGAGAGGAGUCAAUCUCAAUGUCAAUCCCCAAUUCCAAUUCCGCAGAUUGCAAGGUGAAAUCGAGAAGAGCCAAGAUCAAAUCCAAGAUGAAGAAAAUCGUCCCAAAGAAAUUCAGAGGCGCCAAAAAGGAUCACGAUUUGCCAAUCAUCGACAUUGCCGAGGAAUCCGAGAACGGAAGCGUAUCAUCAUCGGUUUCAGAUCACAGAGAGGAAGAAGACGGCAACAGCUCCAUUUAUUCCGAUCUCAGGUUGUCGGACGUUAUCGAGGAAGCAGACACAAAAAUUGACGACCACGGCAGCGGCGGCGGCGGCGGAAAAAUCGACGCCGCCGCAGCUCGGAGGUACAUGGUGCUCUGCCUGAUCGUCCUCGCCGGCCUCAUCGGCGGCCGGCCGUUCGCGCUUGCGCUAACCUUGCUGUGGCUGUUGCUGUUGAAAUUAGGGCAAGCGUUGUCUAAUACGGUGUCGUUUAGCGUUAAAUCCGGUUAGGAAAAUCAUUUUUAAGGAUUUGAUUGUGUUGUUGAAUAUGAUAUACGAGGUGUAAAUUUGAUAGAUGGAAAUCGUUAAUUUUUAACCUAUUUGUUUAGUUGUCUGAA